AUAUGAUCACUUUUCACAUGACCGAUGGUUAUUUGUAAUCGCCCAUUUUUUCAAUUUUUAUGACCAUUUUGGGACUAAAUAUUACUUUUAGUCCGCAACGUCCAUUAGUAUAGUUCUUAAAAUGGCGUUUUGCCGUAUAGUGUUACCUCUUUUAGUGCUUAGUGUUGUGAAUAGUCUAGCGUCGACAUCGGUGCCUGUAUUUUUCUGGGGCGAUAUUGAUGGUCCUACCAUCAAGUCUAACCCAUUAGUGGAAGUCUCCGAACUUGAAUUCAAAAAUAUAUUAGAAGACAAGCUAAAAGAUGACCAAUUUACUGUAAUAUUUGCUGAUGAAACGUUGUCCAUUGAAGAUUUAUCACGUAAGAAUUCCCAAGGUGAAUCUGCUUUUCCAUACCUCCAUUCUAAUAUUGGGGACGUGCUUUACUUACCUUCAGUGGAAAACCCUAUUAAAGUACUAAAAAAACUUGAGGACUCCAAUAAAGUUGAUCAUGUGAAGCUAACAGAAAACGGUUUGUCAGCAGAAAUUGAGAAGGAUGAUGGUAAAAUUUUGUUUAUAACUUUGAAAGACGCUCGUGAAGGCGAAUCUAGAUCAGCCUUACUACGUCGUCACAAUGAUUUCAUGGAAGACAUGGUGUCUAAACUUCAAGAACACUACAGCAAGGUAGUGGCCAUUUACACAGCAGAAUUUCCUUCAUGGACAGUUCCAGACACCCAUUCAAGAGUCCGCCGUCAAGUUCAAUCCGCUGCUUACCAGACAUUUAACCUAAAUGGCUUGCGAAUGUUCACCAAGAACAUAAUUCUGAGCUCACAGGCUGGCGUAGUAUACUUUUCUGCUCCAACAAACACUGAAACGGUAAUGAACGGAACAUUGUUGAAUGCUACUCUCUCAUUUGGUGACAAGUCAAUCACAUUAAAUUUUGAGGAAAAGAGUGGAUACUGGUUCUUUGACACAGUAGUCUACACUGAAUCAACAACAACACCGACAACAGAAUUCCUGUACGGUAAAUCAGAAGUCUACGCACUAAGUGGCUUCUCGUACCGUUGUGGCCAAAACGCUACCUUCACAAGCAACAACAGCACCACACAGUACACCCUUACCUUCCAAGACCUUAAGGUACAACCAUACUUCAAGGACACAAAUUCUACAGAACCUCCCAAGUUUGGUGACUCUUACAAUUGCGUCGGUUUCUUUUCUGUACCAAUUUGGUCUUGUCUCUUUGUUACCUUCAUCCUACUGGCCAUCACUUUCUACGGUAUCAUGAUGAUGAUGGACAUCAGAACCAUGGAUCGCUUUGAUGAUCCCAAAGGCAAGACCAUCACCAUCAACGCUGGUGAAUAAAAUGCAUAAAAAACACUGUAUGCACUAAUACUUUCCUAAUUGAAUUAUAUUUCAAAGUUCGUAAUACAAGCUUCAAUACCUACCAUUUUGUAGUAAAUCUAUGAAGCUGUUAUUUGAUGAUAUUUUAUACCGUAUAUUUGGAAGAAAUUAGUACAACUGUGUAUUUAUUCGUUGGGGAAAUAUUAGUUUAUACAAUGAUAGAAGUAUAAUGUCCGAUGUAGCUCAAGUGAAAUAGUUUUAGUAAUUUACAAAUUGAAAUUGUUGGAAGCAUUUUCUAAACGUUCGAAUUUCCAACUCCCGUAAUUUUGUAUCGGGCUUGUGGUGAAUACAGUAAGAUUAUGGUAGAAUUUUGGGGAUGGCAACAUACCCUUAAAAUGACUUGGGCCUAUGGACUUGCAUCCCGUGCCACAAAAAAAAAUAUGUCAUGACUUGCUGUCAUAUACCACCUGCCUGGGAUUUGACAGAUUAUACUGGUGCUACCAGUUUUAAUAAUUCCGAAAGUUACUAUGAAACCGAAAACGUGCCUAUCUUCAAUCAUAUAAUAAUAUAUUUGUGAUAGUUAAAAGCUUAAGGGAUACUAUAAUCUUUGAAGUUUUAAGAGAUGUAAGCACUUAGAUGAAUUAGAAUGCUUUAUGGCCUACCAGAUCAUAGACAACGAUUCAAUUUUGAGCUUCGUGCAUAGUUCUAUAUUUGAAAUGUUAAUAUUGAAAUGUGUGCCCUCCAUGCUAGUGCCAAUUUCAUUCCAAUAAUCGAAAAAUGGUAUUUUUAAUAUUUAAGAAUGUACAAUUAAGUGACCUUCACAAUAAUAUAGUAACCUAUUCUAAAAUGUAACACAAAUUAAAUAGUUUAUCAAUUGUUAUUUAUUUAUUAUAAAAGAGCUUUUACAUAAGCCAUUGUAUGGACAGAUUCAGGCUUUAACAACAAACAAACGUCAAAUGGGGAUGACGUAAACAAGAUGGCCGACGUAUUAUUUCUUGUUGGAAGUAGAUGUAAGCGUAAAUGUAUUAUUAUUGCAAAUCUUUUGAUUGUUUUCUUUUUGUCAUUUGAAUCAAUUAUUGUAAAUAUAUUUUUUGUCUAUUAGUUUACUGCGUAUAAUUAUUGUUGUUUUGAACAAGUAUUAAAUUGCGAGACCAA